AUGUGUAACAAGCGACUUGUGGCCUUAGGGUCAAAUGACACUUCAUUCAACACCAGACGAGCCUACACCAGCGAGGAUGAAGCCUGGAAGUCAUAUUUGGAGAAUCCCCUUACAGCAGCUACCAAGGCUAUGAUGAGCAUAAAUGGUGAUGAGGACAGUGCUGCUGCUCUUGGCCUAUUGUAUGACUAUUAUAAAGUUCCCAGAGAUAAAAGGCUGUUGUCUGUUAACAAAGUGAGUGAUAAUCAAGAAGACCAAGAUAAAAGAAAUUGUCUUAAUAGCACGGAAGCUCAGAGUAAUUUAAGUGGGGGAGAGAACCGCGUGCAAGUCCUGAAGACGGUGCCAGUUAACCUCUCCUUGAACCAGGAUCCUCUGGAGUCAUCCAAAAGGGAAUACAACACAAGUGUAUCUGGGAGCUCGACACCCAUCACAGGGACUGGAGUGACUGUGGUUAAAGCAGAGGAGUUCACCCCUGUUUUUAUGACCCCACAAGCACACUAUACCAGAGGAGAAAAUGAGGAGCACCGUGGAGUUAUCUUUGAACCAUACGAAGUGUCCAACAUUGCUCCCCACACAAACUAUCUCAAGGAUGAUCAGCGCAGCACUCCAGACAGUACAUACAGUGACACCUUCAAAGAUGGAGGAACAGAAAAGUAUCGCAGUGUGUCCGUGGGGGCUGAGGAAUAUAUUUAUGAACAAACAAGCAGCACUUUUCAGUAUACACUAGAAGCUACCAAAUCUCUGCGCCAAAAGCAAGGAGAGGGGCCCAUGACCUACUUGAACAAAGGACAGUUCUACGCCAUCACCCUGAGCGAGACGGGUGACAACAAAUGUUUCCGGCAUCCCAUCAGCAAAGUCAGGAGUGUGGUUAUGGUGGUCUUCAGUGAGGAUAAAAACAGAGAUGAACAGCUCAAGUACUGGAAAUACUGGCAUUCUCGGCAGCACACUGCUAAACAGAGGGUCCUCGAUAUUGCUGAUUACAAGGAGAGUUUUAAUACCAUUGGGAAUAUUGAAGAAAUAGCAUUCAAUGCUGUGUCCUUUACUUGGGAUGUCAAUGAGGAGGCAAAGAUUUUCAUCACAGUGAAUUGUUUGAGCACAGACUUCUCCUCACAAAAAGGAGUAAAAGGCCUUCCUUUAAUGAUUCAGAUCGAUACAUACAGCUACAACAACCGCAGCAAUAAACCCAUCCACCGAGCCUACUGCCAAAUCAAGGUUUUCUGUGACAAGGGAGCAGAAAGGAAAAUCCGAGAUGAAGAGAGGAAGCAGAACAGAAAGAAAGGCAAAGGCCAGGCAUCCCAAGCCUCCUGCAAUAACUCUGAAGGGAAGUUGAGUGCAUUCCCUCUGCAAAAAAAGAGUGAUAUCACCUUCUUCAAAACAAUGGCUGACCUGGAUUCCCAGCCGGUUCUCUUCAUACCAGAUGUUCACUUUGGAAACCUACAAAGAAGUGGACAGGUUUACUAUAAUACAGAUGAUGAAAGAGAAGGUAGCAGCGUCCUGGUGAAAAGGAUGUUUCGGCCCGUGGAGGAGGAGUUUGGUCCAUCUCCUUUGAAGCAAAUGAAAGAAGAAGGCCUGAAAAGAGUGCUUUUGUAUGUGAGGAAGGAGACAGAUGAGGUGUUUGAUGCUUUGAUGCUGAAAUCACCCACAGUAAAGGGGUUAAUGGAAGCGAUCUCAGAGAAGUAUGGGCUUCCAGUUGAAAAGAUUGCAAAACUUUAUAAGAAGAGCAAAAAGGGUAUCUUGGUAAAUAUGGAUGACAACAUUAUUGAGCACUACUCCAAUGAGGACACAUUCAUCCUGCACAUGGAGAGCAUGGUUGAAGGCUUCAAGAUCACACUGACAGAGAUCUAG